AUGGCUGUAUCUCAGGCUGCAAAUAUUGUGGAGAAGGUGCUUGGCCACGAUGAUAGUGCGACCAUUACCACUGAUGUGAGCAAUUACGAUAAUGAAUACGGUAUGGAAAGUGGCCCCUUGAUCCAGGCCACUACCUGGCAAGGCAAGAACAACGUCUCUGUGGUGGAAAUGCCAAAGCCGAGAGUUAUUGAUGCCGGCGACGUGAUUGUGAGAGUCACCGGUAGCACGAUCUGUGGGAGUGAUCUUCAUCUGUAUCAUGAUAAGAGCAUUGUUCGAAAUAUGCAUAUUCAAAAGGGCGAUGUACUAGGCCACGAGUGCUGCGGUAUUGUUGACAGCGUAGGACCCGAGGCAACCAAAGUCAAGGCCGGUGAUCGAGUGGUAGUCUCCUUCCCGAUCGCAUGUGGCCAUUGCAAGAACUGCGAUAGAGAAUUAUACUCGCAGUGCGACAACACCAAUCAAAACACUAUCAGCAAUGCCAUGUAUGGCAAACGAACUGCCGGCGGAUUCGCUGGUGGCCAAGCAGAAUAUCUCCGCGUGCCAUAUGGAAAUACUAAUCUCCUCCAAAUCCCGGACGAUGUCCCAGAUGAGAAAGCGCUUUACUUAUCAGAUGUGAUUGCGACAUCCUGGCAUUGCGUUGUCGACACAGGUGUUCAAAAGGGAGAUGUGGUUGCCAUCUGGGGGGGCGGACCUAUUGGCCAAAUGUGCGCCGAAUUCAGCUUCUAUCACGGCGCAAGUCGGGUCAUUCUAAUUGAUGGCGGUGUUGGGGCCUGGCGCUUGGACUUUGUGAAGAGCAAGGUACCCAAGCUCGAGACUAUCGAUUUUACAAAGCUUCCCAAGGGCGAGUCGGUCACGUCGAAGUUGAAGAAGAUGGUAGAUGGCGGACCAGAUGUGGCAUUGGAAUGUGCGGCGGGAGAGUAUGCUAAGGGAUGGGCAAAUUACUUUGAAUUGUUGUUGGGCAUUGAGACGGAUAGUUCGGAAAUUCUGAAUGAGAUGAUCACCUCGGUGCGGCCCUUUGGACGUGUGGGAGUUACGGGAGUCUACGCGGGAUAUACGAAUCACUUCAAUAUUGGGGCCCUUAUGGAGACGGGCGUUCGGUUCAUCGGAAAUGGACAAGCCCCCGUUCAGAAAUACUGGAAAGAGCUCAUGGGCCUUAUCCAGGAAGGAAAAAUUAAUCCGCUAGAUAUGGUGACGCAUCGUAUGCGCCUGGAGGAUAUGGAAAAGGCCUAUGCAGCAUUUGACCGGCGAGACUGUGGUAUGCAGAAGAUUUUUGUGCAGACGAAGCACUCUGCUCCUCCUGCUGGGGCACCCACUUUGACUGAACUAUAUUGA